AUGGAUGCUCCUUGGCCUUUUUCUGCUUGGGAAAUGGAUGUCAUCAGACCAAUUGAGCCAAAAGCUUCAAAUGGACAUCGAUUCAUUUUACUCGCAAUUGAUUACUUAACUAAAUGGGUGAAGGUAGUCACUUUCAAAGUAGUCACUAAGAAAAUGGUAGUAUACUUUGUCCAUUCUAACAUCAUUUGUCGUUUUGGUAUCUCAAGAACUAUCAUCACAGACAAUGCUGCUAAUCUGAAUGGAAACUUGAUGAAGGAUGGAUGUGAGCAAUUUAAAAUUGUGCAUCACAAUUCUAGUCUAUACCAUCCAAAGGCCAAUGUAGCUGUGGAGGCUGCCAACAAGAAUAUCAAAAAAAUUCUCAAAAAGAUGGUUCAAGGCACCAGGCAAUGGCAUGAAAAGUUUCCUUUCACACUCUUUGGUUAUCGCACAAUAGUACGCACUUUGAUUGGUGCAACACCUUACUUGCUAAUGUAUGGAAUCAAGCUUUAUCAACAAAAGAUGGCCCGUGCAUACAACAAAAGGGAGCAUCCAAGACAUUUUGAAGUAGGCCAACUGGCAUUAAAAUGCAUCUUUCCACAUCAGGAAGAAGCCAAGGGAAAGUUUGUCCCAAAUUGGCAGGGCCCAUAUCUUAUCAAGGAAGCAUUGUCCAAAGGAGCAUUACAUCUUACUGACGUGGAGGGAAAGAUCACAGACAUAAUCGUUAAUGUGGAUGCAGUCAAAAUAUACUACAUCUGA